GAGUGGGUGAACUGACCACACAUGAAUAGGUGGCAAUUACAAACAGAAACAACCCAUUAACAAACAAACAAAUGGAGCAGAAACUUUCAGACCAAAACAAAAGGCCAAAAACGGAAAGGGAAAGUUUCAGGCGCAAAACUGUAAACCAAGUGCAGUGCUUGAGGAGAAAAGCUUCAUUCGCUCUCAAAUUUCACCAAAAACCACCAUGGGGUUGAUGCUCUUGUGCUUAUUUUUGUCAACAAUCUUGGGCCACUCUCGGGCUGUGGAACCUUCUGAGUCAGAGCUCCCGAGUCAAGAGCUCGAGUUCUUGACUCGGGGACUCUUGGGGUCGGCCAAAGAGGCUGAGUUCUUUGAAUGGAUGAGAGGAGUGAGGAGGAGAAUCCACCAGUACCCAGAGCUUGGAUUUGAGGAGCACAGAACGAGUCAACUCAUCAGGUCCGAGCUUGACUCGCUUGGGAUUGAGUACGCGUGGCCUGUUGCCAAGACUGGUGUGGUGGCUUCUAUUGGGUCAGGCUCCAGACCAGUUUUUGCUCUCAGGGCCGACAUGGAUGCCCUUCCACUUCAGGAACAAGUAGAGUGGGAGUUCAAGAGCAAAAUAGAUGGCAAAAUGCAUGCUUGUGGUCAUGAUUCUCAUGUGGCAAUGUUGCUUGGUGCAGCCAAAUUACUCCAAAGUAAAAGAGACAUAUUAAAGGGUACUGUGAAGCUGAUUUUUCAGCCGGGAGAAGAAGGUUAUGCCGGAGCUCACCAUAUGUUACAGCAUGGUGUUCUUAACGACGUUGAUGCCUUCUUCUUUAUACAUGUUACCCCAUCACUACGCACUGGUGUGAUAGCUUCAAGGCCUGGUCCAAUGCUGGCUGGUGCUGGCCUCUUUUCAGCCACAAUCAGAGGAAAUGGUGGACAUGCAGCUGCCCCACAUAAGAACAAGGACUCAAUUCUAGCAGCAGCAUCAGCUGUGGUGGCCCUUCAACAGAUUGUAUCAAGAGAAACAAAUCCUCUUGAGGCCAGAGUGGUGACAGUUGGAUUCUUAAAGGGAGGUGAAGCAGGAAAUGUGAUCCCUGAAUCUGUGAAAUUUGGGGGAACUUUUAGGAGCUUGACUAAUGAAGGCCUCACCUAUCUCCAAAAAAGGAUCAAAGAGGUCAUAGAACUGCAGGCAGCUGUGCAUCGAUGUGAAGGUACAGUGGACUUCAUGGAAGACACACCAUUGCCUUAUCCUGUAAUGAUCAAUGAUGAACCGUUGUAUGAGCAUGUGAAGAAAGUUGGAGAGGCCCUGCUUGGGGAACCUAAUGUGGAGCUUUGCCCAGUGAUAAUGGGAGCAGAGGAUUUCAGCUUCUACUCAAAGGAGUCUGCUGCAACAAUUUUUGUGCUUGGAAUAAAGAAUGAGAGUCUCAAAUCAGAUCAGCCAUUGCACACAUCUCACUUUGUCAUUGAUGAAGAGGCUCUUUCUGUAGGAGCAGCUCUCAAUGCUGCUGUGGCAAUCUCAUACUUGGAUACACUUGUUGUUCGGACUCAUUAAGACCUUGAAUUUUGGUUUUCAUUCAAAAUCCAUCAUGUAAAUUGGCCUCAGAGUAUCAAAUAGAAAACAUUUUGGAUUUGAAGAGACCAUAAGCUUGAAUGUGCUAGAAUUACAUUGAAACUUAAUGAGACACCCGUUAUAUUGAUUUCUAA